AAGGGUCCGGGAUCCUUGGGACAUCCCUACCCCAUUAAUUAUGACAUUUUACAUGUUUAGGGUAGAAGUUAAGGUUAGGGUUUGGGGUUUAGGGUAGGGACGUCCCAAGGAUUCCAGAUCUCACUGACUGAAGAAGAAGGGGCAAGUGUGCAGCUAUCUCGGUCUGGUGAAACCCUUAUCAACUGAAUACGGUUCUGGGCAGCUUCUAGACAAAUACAUAGUCACCCCCGUGAGUUCCUGACAGUUAUCUUUGAAUGAUAAUCAAGUCAUCAUCAGACGCACUUAUUGAACCUAUUAAGAUCUCAGCGCUAGAGCGCGCUCGAUGAAAUUUGACCAGUUAUUAUUUUACACCGAGUUGCAUUGUGGGAGUGGUCUUACUUCCGGGCGGCAGCGUGUUGAAAAAGCAUUGUAAGGACUGGAUUUUUUUUAAAUCAAGAAACCCGCUUAUAAACAUUUUUUUUGAUUUCACAGUUAGCCGUCGUUAUGGUAAAAUUAUCGGCAGAGCUAAUUGAGCAGGCUGCUCAGUACACAAACCCCGUGCGCGACAGGGAGCUGGAUCUGCGAGGUUACAAAAUUCCUGUACUUGAAAACCUUGGGGCUACACUUGACCAGUUUGAUACCAUCGAUUUCUCUGACAAUGAAAUCAGAAAACUGGACGGCUUCCCUUUGCUCAAGAGGCUCAAAACGCUGCUCAUGAACAACAACAGAAUAUGUCGUGUUGGUGAAAACCUUGAACAGGCAUUGCCGAGUAUGAGGGAACUGAUCCUCACAAGCAACAACAUCCAGGAAUUGGGUGAUUUGGAUCCGCUAGCCUCAGUGAAGACAUUGACCCUUCUCAGUCUCCUAAGGAAUCCAGUGACCAACAAGAAGCACUACAGGCUCUAUGUCAUCAACAAAAUUCCCCAGAUUCACGUGCUUGACUUCCAGAAGGUCAAGUUAAAGGAGCGUCAGGAGGCGGAGAAAAUGUUCAAGGGCAAACGAGGUGCUCAGCUUGCAAAGGAUAUUGCCAAGCGGACCAAAACGUUCACCCCCGGAGCUGCCGUGCAGCAGCCUGAGAAGAAGAAGAUGGGACCAUCUCCCGCUGACGUGGAAGCGAUCAAGAAUGCAAUAGCGAACGCCUCGUCUCUGGCCGAGGUGGAGAGGUUGAAGGGGAUGCUGCAGGCUGGUCAGAUCCCCGGACGGGAGGUCAGACAAGUCCCCCCGGAAAUGGUGGAGGUGGAAGAGGAAGAGGAGGAGAACGGGGUUGUGCAUAUGCAACGAGAGAUACAGACAGAGGAAGGAAAUGGAGUGGAGGAGAUGGAAGAGGAUGUAGUGGAGGUACAGGGAAAGGUGGAGGAGGUACAGGGAAAGGUGGAGGAGGUAGCUGUCAAGGAGGUAGAGAAGGUAGAAAAGGAAGAAGAGAGGGAGGAGGGUAAAGAACAAGAGUCUGAGGAAGAUGAGUCUGAGGAUGAUGAUAUGGAUGAAGACUCACCGGUUAACGGAUCAUGACUCACCGGUUAACGGAUCAUUUUAUGCGGAUCUCAUGUCUCAAGUCUUGCUUGAUUUGUAAGUUUAUAUUUGUUGAACAUGCAUGUAAUGCCAUUUUUGUUAUUUUGAGAAAUGAAAAUACAAUAAACAUUUUUUUACAAAACUA